UACAUACGUACUGCAUAUAUAUGUACAACGCGUUCACAGUACGUACGUACGACGUGUGCCGUCGCCGUCGCCGCAUUGUUUACGUCUUUACAACGAGUAGCACCUAAAUCGCGAUACGCGGGUCCGACCCCGACCUUCGGCCGGGCGCUUCGUGUUCCUUUCUAGUUUUCUCCCGUCGACGGAGAUGCGACGGGAUCGUUUCCCUCUUUAGCCGGGUGUACACUUGUACGAACGCGAAUGUUCAUUAUUAUUUUUAUCGCAUAAAUAUUUGCCGCACGAGUUCAAGUUAGCUGUAUAUGCUGCGAACGUCGGAAUCUGAUAUUGAGUGCUGAUGUCUGGAUAUCUUUCUUUCAAUCAAGGAAAGGAAUAAACGAUUUACAAGUAACGAAUGUUCAAGUAUGAAUGUUCAUUCGCUCAUAAGAGUGUAUACCCUGCACUAGCUUUUAACAGCGCGGUUAACGUCGAAACGGUCGUCUCGAUUGCAGUCAUUUAUGCAUUUAAGAAUUUUAUUCCAUACGCUUUUUACGAUGAUGAAUCAUUUAAUAAUACGUUGAAAUAAUUAGAGAAAAUUGUUCCGUCAAUCUUAUAUGCGUUCUGUAAAUAGAUGUUACAGUUUUUGUAUAGAUAGGAAAAGCUCAAAGCUCAUGGGAGUUACUUUAACCUAGAUUAAAAAAUCGUCAGCUGAUCAUUUUUCUUUUCAUCUUCCAAUCCGCGCUUUCCCGACGUCGAUAUCAGUUUAAUUGCCGUCGAUAAUUUCCGCCGAUUACGCCUAUGUGCGAGAAGACUUGGCGCGCAAGAUCAAUGCACAAGAAUUGUAUAUCGUCCCUCUUUGCAACAACGUUUCGCCGCAAAUGCCACGUUGAAAAUUGGCCUAUCUACGUGAAAAAUGAGUCUGCCCACUGUGCGAGACUAUUGCAUGCUGGAAAAGAUCGGCUCCGGGAGCUACUCGACCGUGUACAAGGCGUUUAAAAAGGAUGGGAGCCGAGAGGUAGUCGCUAUCAAGUGCGUGGACAAAGGAUCGCUCUCGAAAUCGGCGGUCAAUAAUCUCGUGACGGAGAUCAAGCUGUUAAACGUCCUCAAGCACGAGCAUAUCGUAGAGAUGAAAGAUUUUUUCUGGGACGAAGGGCAUAUAUACAUUGUCAUGGAAUACUGCGACGGCGGGGAUUUGUCGAGUUUCAUAAAGAAAAAGCACAAGCUACCCGAAAGCACAUGUCGCAGAUUUUUGCAGCAGCUCGCGUUAGCGCUAAAAUAUCUACGCGAUCAUGACGUCUGCCACAUGGAUCUUAAACCGCAGAAUUUGCUAUUGAUGAGGAAACCUCAGCUAGUGCUCAAAGUCGGAGAUUUCGGUUUCGCGCAGUACUUCUCGAACUCGGAGCACAAAUUCACGAUACGCGGCUCGCCUCUCUACAUGGCACCCGAAAUGCUGUUGAAACAUAAGUACGACGCUCGCGUCGAUCUGUGGAGCGUCGGGGUGAUCAUGUACGAGUGCCUUUUCGGAAAAGCUCCCUAUUCCAGCAGUAGUUUUCAAGAGCUGGCGGAAAAAAUCAAGGAUAGCCGACCGAUAGAGAUGCCGAAGGCGGCUCAUGUGUCGGCAACGUGUAGGGAUUUGCUUAUGGCUCUCCUGAAGCAUAAUCCCGCCGAUCGAAUAACAUAUGACGAAUUUUUUGCGCACGAUUUUCUGGACCUGGAGCACGCGCCCACAAACGAAAAUUACGACAAGGCAGCCGCCCUGGUACACAAAGCUGUCGAAAUGGAUGCCGAGAAGAAUGCAAAAGAGGCGUUUUAUCUGUAUUGCGAAGCUCUCCGAUAUUUCAUCCCAAUUUUGACAAACGAGAGCGAUCUCAAACGAAAGGAAGCAUUACGACAUCGUGUGAACGAUUACAUAAGGAGGGCAGAAAUACUUAAAGUGGCAUUUAUAGAUGGGAAUAACGACAAGCGCCUGGCGCCUGAAAAUAAAGGGAACACUUCGUCCCUCCAAAGGAUACCGUCCGUAGAAAAAAGCUCGGCUUUCAACUACAACGAACUACGAACUCUCAGUAAAAGUACUACGAAUAUGGUGGAUGCGCUUGAAAUAGGAGAAGCUGCUCAGCAAUAUCUCGCUCAGGGUAGCUACGCUCUGGCUCUAGAAAAAUUUCAAUCAUGUCUAAGUGUACUUGUGCCUUUGCUAGGUAAGGAACCGGCAGGCCGGAGAAGAGAAUUGCUAUAUAAGCAGGUACAAAUUUGGAUGAAGGAAGCCGAAAGUACCAAGGGACUUUUAGCUACCAAGGAUAUAGAUUCCAUGCAACGAACGUCCGAUGAACAAUGUAUAUUACAAUAAUUGAUGUUUGUUCUGUUGUAGAAUAAUUAUUUUAGCUGUCAGUAAGUCUGCACCAUUGUACAACAAUUGCCAUUUGUCAUUCUUGUAUCAUACAUUAUUUGCUCAAUCAACAAAUAUGAAUAAUUUAAUAUUUGUUAUAA